AUGGCCGACAAAGGCCUGCCAUCCUAUGCGAACGUCAAUGCGGACCCGUCGGUAUAUCUAGACGCCCCACCUGCGUAUACCGAAUCGUCCCCGAAUGUUCAAGUUACGCCCUCUACCAACACCGGAUCGUCGACCAACGCAACACCGUCUGCUGAUACCGUACGCGUUCCGGCGUCGACCAACGCAACACUAUCUGCGGAAACCGUAUUGCCCACACGCGUUGCAGCAUCGGCAUCCACCUCACCGUCGACGACAAAUACACUGCCUGCGAGCACUGCAGUGUCCUCUAACAUUGCAACGCCUCCAAAACCGGCAGCGUCUAGGAAUGCUGCAUCAUCGGCAAGUUCUGCGUCAUUCACAACCGCCACGGCUUCCACCAAUACGCGGUCAACCUACAUCGGUCCAUCUGCGUAUCACAUCGGCGACGCGACGCUGCACGCGCCGCUUGUGGAGCUGGAUCACCUCCGCGCCCACCUCGCGCUCCUGCGCGCGUUCAAGGCUCUUCGGACACUUAUCGAGGACGCGGACGAGUUGGGACUUCAGGCUCUGAGGAUGGACAGCACGGCCAGAUGGGCGUGGUUCGUCGGGCUGGCCGUCGAGCGCUUUCAGCGCUGGACGGCGGUCGUCCGGAAGGGAGAUCUUCUCACCUGGGUCGCAGCGGAGCUUCCACCGAUAGAUGUGCUCAUGGUCUGGCACGCAUACCUGCUCAAUCCGGGAUGGUAUGCUGAAGAUUGCCUUCGACUGCCCAUCAUGGAGACACUGCGGACGCUGGGGGACAGGUUCAUUCACGCCGUGUUCGAGAUGGGCGACCCCGAGCAGUAUCAGCCAUCCCCCGAGCGCGUCGCCAGCUGGCAGGAGCAGACAGGUACGCCGUGGGAUGCCCUCGACGCAGCAGUGCAAAUGACGCACCAGAGAGUCGAGUGCCCUAGGUGCUGCAUGUUCAAUGAAGCACCAUACCUGACUUUAAGCGGCACUGGCUACGCGCAACACAAGUUUGCGCACUAUUGCAUGCGGUGCGGCUUCGAGGUGACGCGCGAAACGCUCGCGGUGCGCAGGUUCGUGCGAGAUCUGACGAAGCCGUAUCUCGAUUCGCAAGAUUCCGAUUCGCGAUACGGCGCAUACUUGGCGGGAACGCUGCACACAGAAACGAAGGCGAAGAACACAUCGCGAGGAGAGGCGAUAAGGGGCAUACUUAUGCGAUCACGGUGGUUCAGGAAAUGGGAUGGCUUUGUGUCAUCCAACGACUGGGAAGAGGGCUUGCUGAAGAAGCUGCAGUACUCGCUCUCCGCCGCUCGCGCUGCUGCCGAUGAUGCGAUGCAACCUAAUGGAGGAUCUUUGUGCAGGAGGAUAUUCAGCGCAUACACGGACGACCGCCCGUUUUCAAUUGAUCUGGUCGGCGCGGUCGUUCGGCAGGGCGCGUUUAUUGACAAGAUGCACGAGUUCGGAUGGACCAAGCCGGGCUACUUUGACUCCGGCGAGGAUGAGCUUGUACUUGUGCAUGCGACGGCGCGUUACCACGCGUUCCUCGACCUGAUGAACACGUCGCCCUCGUUAUCUCUACUGCCGACGCUCGAUAUUGACCUUGUGUGGCAUUCUCACCAGCUCAUGGGUAGUCGCUAUGAGAAAGACUGUAUGCAGUAUGUCAGGCGCUAUGUGGAUCAUGAUGACACGGUCAAAGAGAACAAGUUGGCAAUGUCGCUUGAGACUACCUGCCGUGCAUGGCAGGGACGCUUCAACAUCCCCUACAUGUACUGCGGUUGUCCCCUACCCGGGGAAUCCGUCGGGCAGCGCCUCACCCGUCUUUCACAAAACUUAUUUCAUAAGAACGACUCCGACGCUUCCGCGAUACUCUCCCCGCCUCGACGUGCAGACGCGUUCUCCGCGACGCAUGCGAGCGAGCAUAAUUCCGUCGUUCCGAGCAGAGGUGCCCACGCGGCAGCCGCAGAGCAGCAGCGCCACGGACGGGCGGAAAGAUUCACGCGGCGGCAGCGCCGCGACGCAGAGCGCGCGCUCGCUGGGCGCAUCGACGUCGACGUGUUCGAGCUCGGGCGGACACACGACGCGGCUUUUCUGACACCCAUGCCUUUUUACCGCCCUGUCGCGGCGUGCGUCGUAGUCGCGAACCCGAUUGACACCGAAAAGCUCGGCAUUUAUCCUGGAGAGCUGGUGUUUUCUGAACACGGAGGAGGCUAG